GGGGCCGCUCGGCGUGCACCUGAGCCGACGCCCCUGGUGCGUGAAGCUGCGCCUCCACGGUCGCCUUUGCCCGCCGCCAUGAACCGCUUCAAGGUGUCUAAGUUCCGGCACACAGAGGCCCGGCCGUCCCGCCGCGAGGCCUGGAUCUGUAACAUUCAAGCAGGGAGCACCCCCUCCAGUGGGAACAGUAUCAAAUCCAGCUGCAGCUUGAUUGCCUUCAACGUUGACCGUCCAGGUGUGCUGGGCAUCGUGCCUUUGGAGGGCCAAGAAGCAGACAAGAAACACGUGGCCCAUCUGGGCUGUCAUUCAGACCUGAUCACGGACCUGGACUUCUCACCGUUUGAUGACUUUCUUCUGGCCACAGGCUCUGCCGACAGGACGGUGAAGCUCUGGCGCCUGCCAGGUCCUGGCCAGGCCUUGCCCUCGGGGCCCGGGGUGGUGCUGGGUCCUGAGGAGCACCAGGUGGAAGCCCUGCAAUUCCACCCCACAGCUGACGGCAUCCUGGUGAGCGCAGCGGGAACAGCCGUGAAGAUCUGGGACGCCACCUCGCAGCAGCCCCUGACAGAGCUGAUGGCCCACGGGGACCUGGUGCAGAGCGCAGUUUGGAGCAGGGAUGGUGCCCUCCUGGGCACAGCAUGCAAGGACAAGCAGCUGCGUAUCUUUGACCCCAGAACCAAGCCCCAGGCCUCUCAGAGCACACAGGCCCAUGAUAGCAGCAGGGACGGCCGACUGGCAUGGACAGCUACCCAGGAGCACCUGGUGUCUACUGGAUUCAACCAGAUGCGUGAGCGUGAAGUGAAGCUUUGGGACACUCGACUUUUCUCCAGUGCCCUGGCCUCCCUCACACUGGACAGCUCACCCAGGUCUCUGAUACCUCUGUUGGACCCAGACUCGGGGCUGCUUAUACUGGCAGGAAAGGGCGAGAGUCAGCUGUACUGCUACGAGGUGACCCUGCAACAGCCAGCCCUGAGCCCAGUGACUCAGUGUGUCUUGGAGGGCAUUCUGCAAGGGGCAGUUCUUGUUCCCCGACGGGCACUGACUGUCAUGAACUGCGAGGUGCUGCGUGUCCUACAGCUGAGCGACACUGCCAUCAUCCCCAUCAGUUACCAUGUGCCCCGCAAGGCUGUGGAGUUCCAUGAAGACCUGUUCCCGGACACUGCUGGCUGCAUGCCCGCCUCUGACUCCCGUGCCUGGUGGGCUGGGAGCAACCAGCAGGUGCAGAAAGUUAGUCUCAACCCAGCCCACCGACCCCAUCCCAACUUCACCUCUUGCCUGGUGCCCCCUGUGGAGCCUCCCCCUGGCAUGGCCCAGCCUGCAGAGAUGCCCGUGGAUGAUACCAGCCCAAGUGAGGGCUUCUCCUCCCCACCCAGCUCCCUUACCUCACCCUCCACGCCCUCAAGCCUGGGGCCCUCGCUCUCCAGCACCAGCGGCAUUGGGACCAGCCCCAGCCAGAGGUCGUUACAGAGCCUGUUGGGCCCCAGCUCCAAAUUUCGCCACGCUCAGGGCACCAUUCUGCACCGAGACAGCCACAUCACCAACCUCAAGGGGCUCAACCUCACCACACCUGGCGAGAGUGAUGGCUUCUGUGCCAACCAGCUGCGUGUGGCCGUACCUCUGCUUAGCAGCGGAGGGCAGGUGGCCGUGCUGGAGCUGCGGAAGCCUGGUCGCCUGCCUGACACAGCACUGCCCACGCUGCAGAACGGGGCAGCCGUAAUGGAUCUAGUCUGGGACCCCUUUGAUCCCCACCGCCUGGCUGUGGCUGGUGAGGAUGCCAGGAUCCGACUGUGGCGGGUACCCCCGGAGGGCCUGGAAGAGGUGCUCACCACGCCUGACGCCGUGCUCACAGGCCACACAGAGAAGAUCUACUCCCUGUGUUUCCACCCUCGGGCAGCUGACGUGCUGGCUUCCUCUUCCUAUGACCUCACGGUUCGCAUCUGGGACCUUCGAGCAAGAGCUGAGCGGAUGAGGCUGCAGGGCCACCAGGACCAGAUCUUCAGCCUGGCCUGGAGUCCUGAUGGACAGCAGCUGGCCACCGUGUGCAAGGAUGGGCGUGUGCGUGUCUAUGAACCCCUGCGUGGGCCUGAGCCCCUACAGGAAGGGCCAGGGCCUGAGGGGGCCCGAGGAGCUCGGAUUGUCUGGGUGUGUGAUGGUCGCUGUCUGCUGGUGUCUGGCUUUGACAGUCGCAGUGAACGCCAGCUGCUCCUGUAUGCAGCUGGAGCUCUGAUGGGCGGGCCCAUGGCAGUGCUUGGCCUAGACGUGGCUCCUUCAACGCUGUUGCCCAGUUAUGACCCGGACACUGGCCUGGUGCUCCUCACAGGCAAGGGUGAUACCCGCGUGUUCCUGUAUGAGCUGCUCCCUGAGGCCCCUUUCUUCCUGGAAUGUAAUAGCUUCACAUCGCCUGACCCCCACAAGGGCUUCGUCCUCUUGCCCAAGACAGAGUGUGACGUGCGGGAAGUGGAAUUUGCUCGAUGCCUGCGACUGCGUCAAACCUCCCUAGAGCCAGUGGCUUUCCGGCUGCCCCGAGUCCGGAAAGAGUUCUUCCAGGAUGACGUGUUCCCAGCCACAGCAGUGACCUGGGAGCCUGUGCUCAGUGCCGAGGCCUGGCUGGCAGGUGCUAAUGCGAAGCCCCGCCUGCUCAGCCUGCAGCCCCCCGGCAUGACCCCAGUGAGCCAAGCCCCCCGUGAGGCGUCUGCUCGGCGGGCCCCAUCCUCAGCGCAGUACUUGGAAGAGAAGUCAGACCAGCAAAAAAAGGAAGAGCUGCUGUGUGCCAUGGUGGCCAAGCUAGGCAACCGGGAGGACCCGCUGCCACAGGACUCCUUCGAAGGAGUGGAUGAGGAUGAGUGGGACUAGCCUGCCCACCAGUCACUGCUGGCCUCACCUGCCACUACCAUGUCCUAGAACCACCUGGUGCCCUGGCACCUCUCACAGCUUCCUCUCCAUCUGGAAGAUGCCUCCCCUGCCCGGCACGUCCUGGCCCAUGGCCUCUGGGCCCUGCAAUCCAGUGGACUGCCUUCACCUCUGCUUUCUCUGUGCCUGGCUGCCUGUUCUCAGAUGCCUGCUAGCAUGUGGAGCAAAGGGUAUGGGGGGUGGGCAGGGGGUGAACAGAAUGGGCCUGGGCAGGCCCAGGGCUCCUCGUCUGCCCUGCCCUCCUCGUCUGCUUGGGCAGACCCAAGCUGGUACCUUCAGCUACCACCUGCCAUCCCAUCUUGCCUGUUGUCCCAGUUCAUCAUGGACCUGGGGGGCUGGCUCCCCCACCAAGUGAUUUGGAACAGCACCUGCCUCAGGGGCCUGGGACCAGUUGCCCAGGCUCAAAGCCAGAAGGGAGCAUCUCAGAGCUGCUGGUCCAACUUGGAGGGUAGGUACCCCACAGGGACCGGCCCAUAGCUGCCCUGGAUAUUUUCAACAAUUAAACCUUUGUACGCUGGC